CAUCUCUGAAAUGUUUUACAUUAUCUUCGAAGAUGCGAGCAUCCAAGAUAAUUAUUUUCUUCUUAGUUCUGAUACUCGCUUUGACUGUUUGCUAUUGCUGUGAUAUUCUGCAUUACAGUGCUGUUUGCGAGGAGGAGCAAAUUGCUGUUACUGUAUCGUUCGAGAGAUCAUUUGAGGGAACCAUUUUUGCAAAUGGUUACAAUGGAGACCCUAACUGUAGUACAACGAAUAUGGAAACUUCUGGAUCCACUUUAGUUGCUUUGAGUCUACCUUUCUUGAAUUGUAAUACAACAAUUAGAAGAUUUGUAGGCGAAGACAAUCUCCAAGCUAUGAACGAAAUUACUAUUCAGUUUCAUCCUCUUAUAAAAAGUGUACUAGAUUGUGAAAUAAUUACUACUUGUGAUAUAGAUUACCCUUUACCUCAAGAAUUUUUCAGAUCCUAUUUAAACAGGGAUUUGGAACUACCAACACCAGUUGACUCAAAACUGGAUAUAAUGUCUGCAGAAAAAUUAUUUGGCGACGAGUUAUCUAAUAUACUUGAAGUUAAUGGGAAACAAUUUCUAGUUCUCAACGUAACGGAUGGUGGCAAAUAUGUUCAACUACGUAUACGAAAGUGUUAUGCUCAUGCUAAGUACGUGAUUGAUCAGGUAACUGAUCCAGAUCUGUUACUUGAAGAUAAUCAAUGCGCUAGAGUAGGCCUAUUAAACUGGUUGAGUUUAAAAGCUGACAAAUCGUAUUCUGAUCUCAGAGAUUUUUCAGAAGUUCAAAAUUUUGAUCUUUCUUUUUCGCAAAAAACUUUUUACAUUACAUGCGCUUUUGACAGAUGUUUACAUUCUUGCCCAUACUCUUGUUUUGGAGAGACAGAAAUAAAUAACAAUCGUUGGAGUACUGUUCGUACUCAUAAAGUAGGGCACUUUGAUAAAUCAUUUAAAGGUUUUAGAAAUAGCAAUAUGGAUUUAAGAACAUCCGUCAGGAUCUUAUCUGAUAGGCUUUUAAAGUUGAAGGAGCUCCAAAUUGCUCGCAAAAACACUCUAAACUCGAAACAAAGAUCACCGAGAUUAGAUGCAGCCGUAGAUGCGGCUAAUGUUAAUCCUUCCACAGUUAUUCAAAAAGAAACUUUUACUGUGCAUGAUGAUAGUAAUAAAUUAAUUAUACUUGAUGAGGAAGUGUCUACUAUUUAUAUACCUGAUAUUUCAGAAGAUGAGUCUGUUGUAAGUGUAAACCAGGCCUCUUUUCAAAGUUUUAUUGGUGGUAAUUUAAACUCAUCAGAAAAGAAAGUCUCAGAACGGAUUGGAAGACUUAGCAUUGUCGAAGACGAAACUGAAUUCUCUAUUAGCGAAGACACUACCAUUGUUGAAUCUUCACAGCCAACAGUUAUCGAUUUAUCAUACGAAUUAAAAAAUCAUAGUGGUAUUGAUUGCGUUAAAUCUUCUUGCAUGCCAAACGAAGUUACUAGAAGCAUUCUAGCUUUAGAAAAUUCAAUUACCAAUAGCAUGCCUUCAAACUAUAGCUCUUUGGAAUUUGAUGAGGCUAUUGGUAGUACAUCAGAUUACAAUUUAAGUGCAGCGAGUGGUGGAAAUUCAACGGCUGACAAUUCAAUUGAAAAAGACUGCGUUCCAUAUUUGAAAUUUUCUUCUGUUACAGCAUCGCUGAGUGUACUAAGUGUCUGUCUUUUCUUCAUAUGUUUUGCUGUUAUUCUGUACUCUAGAAAAGAAAGGAAGAGAUAUGCUUCCCACAGUAAAUAUUUAUACAAUGAUUUUUGACUCUAAGAUUUAAUAUCUGAAAUUUGAUAUGUACAGUGGUGCAAGAGUUGCGCUUAAAAUCAUCGAGAGUGGUAAUAAAACUACUCAAUUUUAUUUCUUUUCGAGUUAAAUAACACAAUCUUAACGACCAAAGCUUAUUUAUAAUAGUUAUGAAUGUAUUUCUAGCUCUAUAUCUUGACGUCUGUAUUUUUAAAAUUAAACUAUUUAAAAUUUUAGUUUCCACAAGCAAAAUAGUCACCACAUUUUGUAUUUUUUGGCGCUGCUUGCACUACUGUAUAUAUUAUUUUAUUUUUCAAACAUGUGCGUACAAUUAUCGCAUAAAUUGAUGGAUUUUAAUAAAUUUGUUUGCAUUGAAUGUAAAUUGAGACAUUUUGAUAUUUCAAUAAAAUUUAUUCUGCUUU